CUCGCCGUUGUCAGGGCGCAGACCAGCACACAACCCACCCAACCCAACCAACUACCAAGGAGAGGGACUGAGGGAGGAGUAGCAUGAGUGCCGGCGAGGAGGCGUUGAGGCAGGCGUACGUCAUCGGCGACGAGAUCGGCCGCGGCCGCUUCGGCACCGUCCGCCGCUGCUACGCCGCCUCCACGGGGGAGGCCUUCGCCGUCAAGUCCACGGACAAGGCGCCGCUGCGGGAGGCGGACCCGUUCGACCUUGCGCUCGCCGAGCAGGAGCCCAAGGUCCACCUGCUCGUGUCCGCGGCCCCGCCGGCCAGCCGCCACGUCGUCGCGCUCCACGCCGCCUUCGAGGACGCCGACGCCGUCCACCUCGUGCUCGACCUCUGCGCAGGAGGGGAUCUCUUCGCCCUCCUCUCCGCCCGUGGCCCGCUACCGGAGCCCGAGGCGGCCGACCUGAUGGCGCAGCUCGCCGACGGGCUCGCCGGGUGCCACCGCCGCGGGGUCGCGCACCGCGACGUCAAGCCGGACAACGUCUUCUUCGACGCCAGCGGCGUGCUCAAGCUCGGCGACUUCGGGUCCGCGGAGUGGUUCGGGGACGGCCGGCCGAUGACGGGGCUGGUCGGGACGCCGUACUACGUGGCGCCGGAGGUCGUGGCCGGGAGGGAGUACAGCGAGAAGGUGGACGUGUGGAGCGCCGGGGUUGUGCUCUACAUGAUGCUGUCGGGGACGGUGCCCUUCUACGGCGCCACUGCGGGGGAGAUCUUCGAGUCCGUGCUCCGCGGCAACCUGCGUUUCCCGCCGCGCGCCUUCGCGUCCACCUCGCCGGAGGCCAAGGACCUUAUUCGCCGCAUGCUCUGCAAGGACGUCUCCAGAAGGUUCUCCGCCGAGCAAGUCCUAAGGCAUCCUUGGAUUGUGACUCGCGGGGGAAGUGCGGCGCGUUGAGAUGCUCCACCCCAUCUGCUGUAGAUAGCGGCGUUCUUCCGAGAAGAGUGGAUCGAGGACCCUUUUGCAGUUAAUUUUUGCUUUCUUUCUGGCAAUCGUCAAUGGACAGUAGUGCCGUAGUUUGUAGUAACUAGCAGUAAUCACUCGUGGAGCUAGAAUUUGGGGGCUUCCUGAGUCUGUUCGUCUUGUUUGCUCUUUGUAAUCCAUGUGUAGUCUUCUUCUAGCAGAAGAAGAGAAGGAAAUGGAACCAAGAAAUCAUAAAAAAUUAUGUACAGUUCA